GUUAUUUUUUUAGUUUUUUUUUUGAUAAUUAUGGGAAAUCUUUGUUGUCUACAACAUAAUGACAAAAUAGAAAAAAUUAACAAAAAUUCCCGGCCAUUUGUUGAAAAACUUGAGCCCUUGCCUAAUUUAUCCAUAAAUUUACGUUCGACAAAUCAGCCUCAUUCUCCCAUUCAAUUAUCCAUCACAUCUAAUAUAACCCCUUCCUAUAGGAGCAAUAUUACUAGUGUGCCACAAUCUCAAAAUGAUAGCCUAAAUAGAACAACACCUAAUUUACGCGAAAUUAAAAUAUUUAUUGCACUUUAUGAUUAUGAAGCUAGGACCACAGAAGAUUUGAGCUUUAAAAAAGGUGAACUACUUGAAAUAAUCAAUGAUACUCAAGGAGAUUGGUGGUUUGCCCGAUCUAAGCAGACUAAAAAGGAAGGAUAUAUUCCAUCUAAUUAUGUUGCCAAGUUUAAGAGCAUUGAGGCUGAACCAUGGUAUUUCGGUAAAAUUCGGAGGAUAGAUGCCGAAAAAAAGCUUUUGUCACCCGAAAAUGAACACGGCUCUUUCCUGAUACGGGACAGUGAAAGUCGGAGGAAUGACUUUUCCUUAUCUGUGAGAGACGCUGACACCGUAAAACAUUACAGAAUACGUCAAUUGGACGAGGGAGGCUUUUUCAUAGCUAGGCGCAUCACCUUCCGCGACCUUCAAUCCUUAGUUUCCCAUUACGCCAGAGACCCCGACGGAUUAUGUAUCUCGUUGAGAAAGCCAUGCAUUCAGGUCGAUAAACCCGGAACCAUAGGCCUGUCCCACAACACUGUGGACCAAUGGGAAAUAGAUAGGACCUCCCUCAAAUUUAUUCGUAAGAGAGGUCAGGGUCAAUUUGGAGAGGUCUGGGAAGGAUUGUGGAAUAACACUACGCCCGUCGCCAUCAAAACACUCAAACCCGGCACAAUGGAUCCCAAGGAUUUUUUGAGCGAGGCCGCUAUCAUGAAAAAAUUGCAGAACUUUAAACUCAUUCAACUAUACGCUGUUUGCACCUUGGUGGAACCAAUUUACAUCGUCACCGAACUCAUGAAAUACGGGAGUCUGUCGGAGUACCUAGUUACUCCCCGAGGUCAAAGUCUCAAAAUACCCCAGCUCAUAGACAUGGGCUCCCAAAUAGCCUCCGGCAUGGCUUACUUGGAAUCCGAAAAUUAUAUUCAUCGGGACCUAGCGGCUAGAAAUAUUUUGGUCGGGGAUAAUAACCAGGUAAAGAUUGCAGAUUUUGGACUCGCUCGAUUGAUCAAAGAAAACGAAUACGAAGCCAGAGUUGGUGCUAGAUUCCCUAUAAAAUGGACCGCCCCGGAGGCGGCCAAUUACAAUAGAUUCACGAUAAAAUCUGAUGUUUGGUCUUUCGGUAUUCUCGUCAUGGAACUCGUUACCUACGGCAAAAUUCCUUAUUCCGGUAUGAGUAACGCCGAAGUUCUUCACCAAGUCGAGCACGGUUACCGCAUGCCAUGCCCUCCUAACUGCCCCGCUCUCUUAUACGACACCAUGCUUGAUUGCUGGAAGAAGAACGAACAAGACCGCCCCACUUUCGAGACCCUGCACUGGAAACUAGAAAAUUUCUACAACAUGGAAGAUACCGAAUACAAAGAGGCGUCUAUCGCCAAUUAAAAUUUGGGAUUUUUUUUCCUUCUUUUUUCUCUUCAAAUAUUAGAUAUUUUUUGUCGCGGGCGCAUAGAAAGUGGAGACUUUAUACAAUUCGAUUAUAUUGUUGUUUUUUCCUUCUCCUUUCAAAAUAAUAAGGGGGGGGGGGGGGUGAAGGCAAAUAUUUUGUGAUACGGAAAGAAAUGCUAAAAAUUAUGCCAGGAUGGAAGGACCCUAUCAUAGCCAAUCUAAUGAAUAAAAAUGAUUGACGCUGGAGUUUGUUUUUUUUUUCAAAACGAAUAUAUUAAGUAUUUUAUAUGGCGUGUUUCAAAGCGUAUAUAUAAUUAUUAAUUUCGCAUUCGGUGGUUUUUUUUAUUGUUAACAGAAUCGUUAUUGAAGCAUUUAAUAUAAUUCUAGCAUUGUUAGUUCCCUCUGUUGAAAUAUCUUGCCAU